AUGCCAUUCAAGACCGUUGCAUUGAGUGCGGCCUUGACUCCUACUGUCAUUUCCACUUGGUUUUCCCACUACUUCCACCGCAAAUCCCUGCACAACACUCCCUCCGUCCACAUCUCCUACGAUGAAGGCAUUCAUGUCAUGCGCGAAUUCCUCGUCUUCGCGUCGAAAUACCCCGUCGAAGACCUCCAAGAAUUCUCCCGCCAAUGGGUUCCCAGUCCGCACUGGGUGAGGACCGAGCCUGCCAGCAUCUCCGAUAAGUACCUCGAUUCCGCGGCGAAAACGUUAAUUGCGCAACUCGGGCCGAAGGGGAUAAAAGAUAUCGGUGGAGAGGAGUGGUGGCAAUGGCGUGGGCCGGCUGAGGAUCUGAGAGGGGAGUGGAUUGAGAUGCGGGAUGAUUAUAAUGAAAGGAAGAAGGUUGGGGAGGAGAAACUUAAGGGGAGGAAUCGCAUUAUUCUGUAUGUGCAUGGGGGUGCAUACUUUUUCGGAAGUGUGGAUACGCAUCGGUAUCAGAUGCAGAGGCAUGCGAGGAAGUUGAAGGGGAGAUUUACAGCGCAAUAUCGUCUCUCUCCACAAUAUCCGUUCCCUUGCAGUUUACAGGACUGUUUGGCGUCGUAUCUUUGGCUUUUGAGCAUAUACGAGCCAAAGGAAAUCAUCUUUGCCGGUGAUUCUGCGGGUGGAGGAAUGGCGCUCUCCCUGCUUGUCACUAUUCGCGACCAGGGCUUGCCUCUCCCAGCCGGUGGAAUUCUGAUUUCUCCCUGGGUUGAUCUUACCCACUCCUUCCCUAGUAUCAUCGCAAAUAACCCAUUCGACUAUAUCCCUCCAUACGGCUUCAGACAUAAACCGUCCCAAGCAUGGCCGCCGCCCAACUCUGACGAAAUCCUCACCAUGAAGAAGGAAGUUCGCAAAGAUACCGAUGCGAAAAGCGGAACAGAAGAAGCAAUGCCAAAGCAGGAUAGCCAAGCACAAGAUACUGCGAAGAAAGGCUACACGUCGCGGGACAGCACUGGUGGUCAGGGACAUGCGUAUCCGGGCCAGCAGAAAGAUGAAGAAGGCGCCGAGAAGGAAGUAGCCGGCAGUGUCUCCAUCAACGUGGAUGGCAAAACUAUCGAAAUCAAGGACCAAAUCCACAUGUACACGACGAACCAGCUUCUGUCUCAUCCUCUCGUUUCUCCGGCUUUACAGCCGUCUCUUGGCGGUCUACCACCGCUGCUGGUCCUCACUGGAGGAGGUGAGAUGCUGCGCGAUGAGCAGAUCUAUUUUGCCCACAAGGCUGCGCAUCCUACCGCAUACCCACCUGGCGAUGUUUACCUCGACGAGUAUGAUCCGAAUGGGGAGACCUUGAGCAAGUACCCGCCUACAUGUGUCCAGCUGCAAGUUUGGGAUAAUCUUUGCCAUGUCGCGCCGACUCUCAGUUUCUCCCGUCCAGCAAAGUACAUGUUCCGUUCAAUUUCACAGUUUGGCGCGUGGGCGUUUGCUCAUGCGCAGAAUACGGAGAUUGAAAUUCUGGCCGACAAUGACCCUGCGAUUUCGUCCCCUGACGACCACACCUCGUCUUCAUCCGCAUCCUCGACAUCCGGAGAUACAGAGAAACAUGCACCGCGACACGCCGUAGGCUCCAUUGGCAAAGCUGGCGACCCCCUACCCGACUUCGAAAACCAUAUGAUCCGCCAACGAGUCGACAAACGUGGUCACGUCUACCCCCUUGACCCGCCAUCCUCGUUCGAAGCAUUGCAAAUUCCAGCAUCCCAAGUCGGCGCAUUCAACCCGGUACUCGUGAAGCGCUGGAUAGCCGCAAAGCAAGAAUGGGACGACAAAUUCGCCAAAGAGAAGCUGCGCGUGCAGAAACAGCGGAUGAGAGAAUUGUAUCAUCAAUUCCAGAACUUCAAGGAUGAGACGCCGCCACCAAGCUCGUUGGCCGCGAGACGGGAAGCGCCUGGUGUUCUGCCGCCGAGACGGGAGAGGAAGAGUUAUCUGAUGACGAUGUGGAGUUCUUGGGCUAGUAAGCAUGAUAAGCGGCUCGUCGGAAAGGCUGGGAAGGAAGGUGGUGGUAAUACGAAGAGUGUUGUCGAUACGGGACAGAUUCGUGCUUCUAGGGCGAGUUCAUCUUCAGAUGAGGGUGCGAAACCUGUUCCACCGGAGAAGUCCACUAAACCUGCCUCUGAUGUUCAGCCUACGGUUAACACCGGCCCCAAAGGCAUCAAAAUCGACGCCGACACAGCGAACAAAACCCUCGCCGAGCAGCGCAAACGCCCAACAAACGAGCUUAACAGAGACGAAUCCGGAUUAAGCCAACCAGGCUCCCCGAUGACCUACAAAUCCUCCCUCGACAGACCACUGGGUAGCCCACUCCUAGUCCUCCCAGACUACGACAACAAGAAAAACACCCCCACUGAAGAAAACGCAAGCACGCGCGCUCUCUUCCACGCAGCGGGAACUCUCCCGGCCUCUGCCUCUGAUACCUCCCUAUCAAGGAUAUCGAAGUCCCACCGUCCCACUUCCUCAUACACCGGCUCAAUCGCACCAACCGAAGACGCAAAUAGUACCAUCGCGGAUGAAAGGUCCCUCGCUGUCACCAACAAUACCGGCGGAGGUGCAACUUUCGAUAACGCAAGCACGAGGGCAUUGCUGAAUUCCACCGGCGUUGUCGGGGCUAUUCCUCUUGCAUCUGGCACUAGCUCUGCUCGGCAAUCGAUUGAUGCGCGCCGGUCCAUCGAUGCGCUCUCCCGUACGGCGAGUGAUAUCGAUGCUGUGUCGUUUGUGGGUGGUGCGGAUGAAGCUGCUAAUGGGCGUCCGAAGAUGCCGGAGAGGGAUGUUUUUAGGACUGCGGAUGAGUUCUAG